AUGUCUCCUGCUGGGAGGAACCCACCCGCUAACUCUGAAGCGGAAAAGAAGCAGCACUUCCUGGUGGGACUAGCGCACGCGGAAGCCGGGAAGGCAGCUCUCAAAGCAAUGGCGCGUUCCAAGUCCAGGGCAAUGGGCAGCGAUCACGUCGUCCUUGGAUUAUUUGGCCCCGCAGGCCACAGGCCGCAGCUGAGGAGGAUGAGGAUGUGA